CAAAGCGUUCCUUCGCACAGAUAUAUGCGAAACGCGCGAGUGUGACCAUCGACUCUUCUGCUACUCUUUGCUCUAACGCGUGAUACGACGCAUACGUGGUCACCGUUAUUAUUUCUCUGCUAGUGAAGUAUCCGAAAGGAGAGAAAUCGACGACGAUGGCGAAUAUCAAUCCGGAGAUCCUCAAGGUGUUCGGCUUUUGGGGCAGUAUACUAGUCCUGAAGAUGUUGGCGAUGAUACCAUUAACGGCACGUCAGCGUUUUCGAAAACAGGUAUUUGCCAAUCCCGGCGAUGUUACCAUGCUGAAGAACUCGGUGCCGAAGGGGAAGGUGGUAUAUGACGAUCCGGACGUGGAGCGCGUGCGAAGGGCGCACUUGAACGACCUGGAGAACAUCGUGCCGUGGUUCAUCAUCACGUACAUCUGGUUGUGCACCGAGCCCUCGAUAGUGCUGGCGAAGGUGCUGAUACGUACCUUCGUGCUCUCCCGAAUAGUCCACACUUUGUCGUACGCGGUUAUGCCGCAACAGCCCCUAAGAGCUAUAUCUUUCUUCGUCGGGUUCGGCAUUCUCGGUUUCGAGGCGCUCACCUCGUUGUUACAUUACUCGUAAUCUCCGUUACGCAACGAAGCCGAUGCUAAUAAGAACGGUGGAAGUUACAUAUAUACAGUAACAAGAAUAUUACUUUUUUACGACGACCGUAAUUAUUCAACCUGAAAAUUCCCCUAUGCGCGAACAUUCCUCAUACUUUAUUCUGAAUGGUGCUCUGUAAUGCGUGCGCAUGCUUUCUAAAAAUUGUAUAAGUAAAUGCCUUGGGCAUUGAGACGAAUUUCACAGAGAUAGUUCGACAGCGAGUUUAUAAAGCAAACCGAAAUGCCGAAUGUAAUCCUAAAUAUAUCUUCAAUGGGGAAAGAAGA